CCAUCACAUCCGCACCGAUGGUCACCGAAGUACAGACUUCAGUGGGAGGACGUUCCGUCGACAACCUUGUAUCGAAGCUGCGGCGUCGGCAAGUGGUGGGAUCGCGAGAGACUGCCCUUGAAACAGUCCUUGUCCUCCGACAAGUGGUAUCGAAAGCCCGGUUCUCCAAUUUCGAGCAGCUUAUCGACCUGAUUCGGGCGGUGGGACGAAAACUAGUAGAGGCUCAACCUAAAGAACAUACUGUUGGUAACACCGUGCGGAAAGUACUACACCACAUACGAGAGGAAUACUCGACCGUCAAAGAAGGGACGUCGAUCGCUCCGACUACCAAUGCACCUACAGCUUUCUCCAUCGCGAAGUUCGUGCUCCAGGGCCAACCGCGACAGCAAGCUGCCACCGCGAAGUCAGAAGAGAGAACAACACUGAAGGAGAAAGACACCGAUGAUCCCGAUUCAUUCGCACGUGGCCUCAAGCCGGUGCUCAUGGAAGCCAUCCAAGAUGUUCUGGAUGAAUUGGAGACGGUAUACGACAACGUUUCGAAGAAUGCAAAAGACCAUAUCCAUUCAGACGAAAUCAUUCUCACUAUUGGAAUGUCCAAGACUGUCGAAGCCUUCCUCAAAGCAGCAGCGAAAGACAGAAAAUAUACUGUCAUAGUUGCAGAGAGUGCCCCUUCAUACAGCGGCCAUGACAUGGCACGAGCCUUGUCGGCAGCCGGCAUCUCCGCGUUCCUGGUCCCCGACUCCUCCAUUUACGCCCUCAUGUCCCGCGUGAACAAGCUCAUCGUCGGGUCACAUGCCAUACUCGCCAAUGGCGGUAUGUUUGCCGUAACGGGUACUUUAAUGGCUGCGACAGCUGCACGGGCACAUAGCACGCCUAUCGUUGUUUGCGCUGGACAAUUCAAGUUAACGCCCUUAUGGAACCUGUAUCACGAAUACGGCGCGCUAGACUUCGCAGAUCCCAGUGCAGUGCUUGGUUUCGAGGAGGGAGACUUGGUGGAUAAAGUCGACGUGGUGAACCCAUUCUACGACUACGUUCGGCCGGAGAUGGUUGACGUUUAUAUCACGAAUGAUGGCGAUCAUCCGCCUUCUUCAAUCUAUCGACUUAUCAAGGAAACCUACGACGACGACGAACUGUAAUACCCGUGGGAUAUGGACGUACACUGCGCGGGCUGCACCAUUCGAAUUUGCGUUCACCUGGAAGACUAAGAUACUUACAUGUACUAUAAUACAACACCGGCACGUCGUUCUCGUCAUCAAUAGAAUGUAGCUGUAGGUUCUAGACAUCGACGACUGCAACGAUUGCAAUGCGCCGAUCCCCGUAGCCCUUGCUUAGCACAAGCGAAAAUCGACCCGAAGC